UGGAAGUUAGACACCAAAGCCACCCAGAAGUGGAGAUGGCUUCUUGCAGCCUAGACUGUGCCACCCAUCGCUGCCAGGAAGGACGGACGGGCGAGCAAACAGAUGUGUGUCUAUGGUGGCAAGAGUCAAGGUCCAAAGGUGGAUCCCGGCAGGAAGUGCAGUCUCUGCUUGCGGGAGCCAGGGACUUCCAGGUUUGAGCGCACAAGUCCUUACAUUUCAGGGCCCCUCAUUUAUUCAUUCACAAGCCAUUGGGAUGUCUCAGACAGGGUGCCUGGAGCUCGAGUGUGGCCUUAGCCAGCGCUCCUCACACGGUGUGUGCACACAGCUUAGGGCAGAGGCCUGGCUUGGCGCUGGAGCGUCCACAGGUGUGUGCGCGGCGCUGGCGGCGAUCGGGUGGGACUUGCAGGCGGCGAUCGGGUGGGACUUGCAGGCGGCGGGAGGCACAGGCACGCCCACCCUGGCGGGGAGCCCGGGGCUGGCCUGAGCUCUGCAGCCCGGGUGACCCGGCAGGUCGGGGCGGCGCGCUCUGAGUCACCGGAAUCUAGGUGUGGCCCCCGCGCGCCGCCGCGCCCCCGCCGCCAGCCCCCGGGGCCGCGUCCCCGGAGGGAGCCGCCUCUUCCUUUAGUCGCCGUGUCCGCGCUCGCGGGGGCCACUCUCCACCACCGUGCCCCGUCGCGCUCCUCCGCUCCGCGCCGCCGCCACCGACGGACGACAUGCUGCGCUGCGGCCUGGCCUGCGAGCGCUGCAGGUGGAUCCUGCCCCUGCUGCUGCUCAGCGCCAUCGCCUUCGACAUCAUCGCGCUGGCCGGCCGCGGCUGGCUGCAGUCGAGCACCCACCUCCAGACCUCCUCGCUCUGGUGGAGAUGCUUCGAAGAGGGCGGCGGCAGCGGCUCCUACGAACAAGGCUGCCAGAGCCUCAUGGAUUUCGCGUGGGGACGAGCGGCUGCCGCCACGCUCUUCUGUGGCUUCAUCAUCCUGGUCAUCUGCUUCAUUCUCUCCUUCUUCGCCCUGUGUGGACCCCAGAUGCUCGUCUUCCUGAGAGUUAUUGGAGGCCUCCUCGCCCUGGCUGCUAUUUUCCAGAUCAUCUCCCUGGUAAUCUAUCCAGUGAAGUACACACAAACCUUUGACCUUCAUAAUAAUCCCGCUGUCAAUUACAUCUAUAACUGGGCCUACGGCUUCGGAUGGGCGGCCACCAUCAUCUUGAUCGGCUGUUCCUUCUUCUUCUGCUGCCUCCCCAACUACGAGGAUGACCUGCUGGGCAAUGCCAAGCCCAGGUACUUCUACACAUCGGCCUAAUGUCGGAGGGAGACCCCCAAGAGAAGCCCUGCUGCAAGACGGGUCCUGAGGAGGAAACUGUUCUCCAAGCCACAAGGAACCUAUGUUUGGGCAGUGUUCCUAUGAUCAGAAAUGCUGGAAUAAAUGUUAAAGAAAAUGCUUCGUAAAUAGCGUUAAGUUUCAUGUCCUGCGUACGUCUUGUGGAGUUAGAAAAGACUUGUUUCUGUUUGCUAAUUUUAUGCUAAUUUCUCCUUACAUCAAAUCUGUAUCAUUUAAACUGCUGUUGUUAAAGAGUGUGCAUGUGGAACUUAAUAAGGUAGAAACGAGAUGGCUUCUGAGACUUAAUUAUCUGACCAAGCUUUCGUUUUUUCAAGUUAGAACAGAUUAUUUCUACUAAGGGCUAAGGAGAGAGGGAGUUAUUGGUAAAAUAAUCUCAGUGACCAAACAUCCUAAAAAUUAAUGCCAAGAACAAAACAAACUUUUUGACGUUUUCAGUUACAUAAAGAGGCAGAACGCUUUCCUAAAUGAGCAUCCUUUGUGGGAAUUGCUAGUCAGUGUUUUGAACAAUUGCUGUCUCGCUUAGCUUCGUGUUGACUUGCUGCGACAUGUGGGGAAGCGUUCCCAUGGCCAAAGCAAGUGCCAACAGUCAGGCCGCUGUCACUACUGAAAUACUAUAAUGAAAUUCCCUCUUUUAAUGGAGUUUGACGUAGUUUAAAGGGGUGGGGCGUUGGAAGAAGCCAUACCAAGUCUGUACAGUUUCGUGUCUGUAUGCUCAGAACCAGCAUCGACGGGAUGCGAGGAUGGAUUAGGUCUGAUUCAUCCUGACUGGUGGAUGUGAUGGCCUCAGGUAGGAAGGCACAGGAGGGUCACCACUGCUACUGCAGUGCCGUCCAAACACCCUGAGGAGAAGAAAUGUCCCUUCAUCAUCUCAGCCUUAACAGAUUUUAACUGUAACAGAAACCUAAAUAUAAUUGAACCUGGUCUUCCUUGGUAAACAGACUGAAACUGUCUGAUCUAACACAUACAACUGGAGAAUUCAGCAAUGAGUUUCUCUGCAUAGAUAUUGGAUGGGCUAUGAUUAGUAUUUUUACCAUUUAUACUCACGUAAUGGGAACCCGCUUAUUUUAUACAGCAGAUGACUAUUUUGUAAGUUGCAGCAAAAGCAGUUGCAGUUUUCAUCUCCAGCUUCCCCCCCAAUAAACCAGGUGUUCAAAUCCUA